AUGCAGAAGAGCGUCCGCUACAACGAAGGGCACGCGCUGUUUCUGUCGGUGGUCGCGCGUAAAGAGGGAACCAAGCGCGGCUACCUGAGCAAGAAGACGGCGGAGAACAGCCGAUGGCAUGAGAAGUACUUCGCCCUUUAUCAGAAUAUACUGUUCUACUUCGAGAACGAGCAGAGCGCGCGACCUGCCGGGAUUUACCUGUUGGAAGGAUGCACCUGCGAGCGCGCGCCGGCGCCCAAGAUGUCCACCACGGGGAAGGAAGCGCUGGAGAAACAGCACUACUUCCUCAUUGUGUUUGGUCAUGAUGGACAGAAACCUCUGGAGCUGCGGACAGAAGAAGAGAGUGAGUGUGAUGAAUGGCUGGAGGCCAUCCAGCAGGCCAGUUAUUCUGACAUCAUCAUCGAACGAGAGGUGCUGAUGCAGAAAUAUAUUCACCUUGUCCAGAUAGUGGAGACUGAGAAGGUGGCUGCCAAUCAGCUGCGCACCCAGCUGGAGGAUCAGGACACAGAAAUCGAGAGGCUCAAAGCAGAGAUUGUAGCUCUGAACAAAACCAAGGAGCGAAUGCGGCCUUAUCAUAUCAACCAUGAAAAUGAAGACCCAGAUAUCAAAAAGAUCAAAAAGGUGCAGAGCUUCAUGCGGGGCUGGCUCUGUCGGAGGAAGUGGAAGAUCAUCGUUCAGGAUUACAUCUGCUCUCCUCAUGCUGAGAGCAUGAGGAAGAGGAACCAGAUUGUCUUCAACAUGGUGGAGGCAGAGACAGAGUACGUCCACCAGCUCUACAUCCUGGUCAACUGUUUCCUUAGACCUCUGAGGAUGGCUGCCAGCUCCAAGAAACCCCCCAUUAGCCACGAUGAUGUCAGCAGCAUCUUCCUCAACAGUGAGACCAUCAUGUUCCUACAUGAGAUUUUCCAUCAAGGCUUGAAGGCAAGGAUCGCCAACUGGCCAACCCUGGUGCUGGCUGACCUAUUUGACAUCCUGCUGCCCAUGCUGAACAUCUAUCAGGAGUUUGUGAGAAACCAUCAGUAUAGCCUGCAGGUUUUGGCCAACUGUAAACAGAACAGAGACUUUGACAAGCUGCUGAAACAGUACGAGUCCAACGCUGCCUGUGAGGGAAGGAUGCUUGAGACCUUCCUCACAUACCCCAUGUUCCAGAUUCCCCGCUACAUCAUCACCUUGCAUGAGUUAUUGGCCCACACACCUCACGAGCAUGUGGAGCGCAAGAGUCUUGAAUUUGCCAAGUCCAAAUUAGAGGAACUGUCCAGGGUGAUGCACGACGAGGUGAGUGACACGGAGAACAUCCGGAAGAACCUGGCCAUAGAGAGGAUGAUAGUGGAGGGCUGUGACAUCCUGCUGGACACCAGCCAGACCUUCGUCAGACAGGGUUCUCUAAUCCAGCUGCCGUCGGUGGAGCGAGGGAAGUUAAGUAAGGUCCGUCUGGGUUCUCUCUCUCUGAAGAAGGAAGGGGAAAGGCAGUGUUUCCUCUUUACCAAACACUUCCUCGUCUGCACACGCAGCUCCGGGGGAAAACUGCACCUCCUCAAGCAAGGUGGAGUUUUGUCCUUAAUUGACUGCACACUUAUAGAGGAACCAGAUGCCAAUGACGAAGAAUCUAAAGCUGGCGGACAGGUGUUUGGUCAGCUGGACUUUAAGCUUGUAGUAGAGCCAUCAGACUCACCUUCGUUCACGGUGGUCUUACUGGCUCCAUCACGUCAGGAGAAGGCUGCAUGGACCAGUGAUAUUAGCCAGUGUAUAGAUAAUAUCCGCUGUAAUGGCUUAAUGACCAGUGUGUUUGAGGAGAACUCCAAAGUUACUGUGCCUCAUAUGAUCAAAUCCGAUGUGCGUCUCCAUAAAGAUGAUGUUGACAUUUGCUUCAGCAAGACGCUCAACUCCUGCAAGGUCCCCCAGAUCCGCUAUGCCAGCGUGGAGCGGCUGCUGGAGAGGCUGACCGACCUGCGUUUCCUCUCCAUAGACUUCCUCAACACCUUCCUACACACAUACAGGAUCUUCACCACGGCAGCGGUGGUCAUGGACAAACUGGCCGACAUCUACAAGAAGCCGUUUUCCUCCAUACCUAUCAGGGCGCAGUACCACUCAUUUGACCGUCUGUCCAUCUCAUCCCUCUGUCCUGACUACAGUCUGAAGAUCAAGAAGAUAGCCAUGGAUCAGUCCAAGUCCUUGGAGCUGUUCUUUGCCACCAAUCAGAAUAACAGAGGUGGUGAGCACAUAAACGACAAGUCUCCUCGUCUCUGCCGCAAGUUCUCCUCUCCUCCUCCUCUGUCCAUCCCAUCCCGCACCUCCUCCCCUGUCCGAACACGAAAGCUUUCUCUCCACUCCCCCAUCACUGCCAGGGUUGGAGGCCUCGACCUGACCAGUCCUCUGUCAAACUCCAGUGUCAACCACAACACUUCCCAGUCUGCCGCCAGUAGUCCCACAUCUGCCCACACCCCUCAGACUCCAACGCCUCAGACACCGACUCCAACCACCUCUUCUCCUCCUCCACCUCCCUCCUCCACCUCUCCUCCACCUAACAACUCCAAGCCACCACAAGACCAAGUUCCUCCCAUUCCUUCUUCCCCGGAUCAAAGUCCCAGCCCGUUUGGAGAGGGAGAGGAGGUGCCCAGGAUCGACCCUUUCUGUGGGAAACUGCGACGGAGCAUCCGCAGAGCUGUGCUGGAGUCAGUGUCACUAGAGAAAAUCCUCCCAGAGUCUCCUCAGAGCAGUGAGGCAGGAGACAUGUCUCCUUGUCGCUCCCCUUCCACCCCUCGACACCUCCGCUACAGACAGCCUGGAGUCCAGUCAGGGGAGAACUCACGCUGCUCAGUCUCUCCUGCCUCUGCGUUUGCAAUCGCCACAGCCGCAGCAGGACAUGGUACACCACCAGUGUUUACUAACUCUGAAAGAACUUGUGAUAAAGAGUUCAUCAUCCGCCGAGCUGCGACUAACAGAGUUCUCAACGUGCUGCGGCACUGGGUGUCCAAACACUCACAGGACUUUGAGAUGAAUGGGGAGCUGAAGAUGUCAGUGAUCUGUCUCCUGGAGGAGGUUCUUAGAGAUCCAGACCUUCUGCCUCAGGAAAGGAAAGCUACUGCCAACAUACUGAGUGCCCUUUCUCAAGAUGAACAGGAUGAUGCCCAGCUGAGAAUAGAGGACAUCUUACAGAUGGCGGACUGUCCGAAGGCAGAGUGUUUCGAGUCUCUCUCAGCGAUGGAGCUGGCUGAACAGAUCACUCUGCUGGAUCACAUUGUCUUCAGGAGCAUUCCUUAUGAAGAGUUCCUGGGCCAGGGCUGGAUGAAGGUUGAUAAGACAGAAAGGACGCCCUACAUCAUGAAAACUAGCCAACACUUCAAUGAUAUGAGUAACCUGGUGGCAUCACAGAUUAUGACCCAUACUGAUGUGGGCUCGAGGGCCAGCUCCAUAGAGAAGUGGGUUGCUGUGGCUGACAUCUGCCGCUGUCUCAACAACUACAACGGAGUACUGGAGAUCACAUCUGCACUCAAUCGCAGUGCCAUCUACCGUUUGAAGAAGACCUGGGCUAAAGUUAGCAAACAGACUAAGGCCUUGAUGGACAAACUGCAGAAGACUGUGUCCUCUGAGGGAAGGUUUAAAAAUCUGAGGGAAACCCUGAAAAACUGCAACCCUCCAUGUGUGCCAUACCUGGGAAUGUAUCUAACAGACCUGGCCUUUAUUGAGGAGGGAACGCCCAAUUUUACUGAGGAAGGCCUUGUUAACUUCUCUAAAAUGAGGAUGAUAUCCCAUAUCAUCAGAGAGAUCCGACAGUUCCAGCAGACUCCUUACAGAAUAGAACAUCAGCCCAAGGUGACCCAGUACCUUCUGGAUAAGACUCUGAUCAUGGAUGAAGACACACUCUAUGAUCUUUCGCUGAAGAUUGAGCCCAGGCUUCCUGCCUGAGUUACAGCCGCUUGUGGCCAGUGGGAGCCUGCCAAACCUGGACCCCCAAGGGUAACAUGCCCACAUAAUCUCAUCAAUCAAGAGGAAAUCAGGAAGUUUUGAAAGCGACAUGGAAAUGGAAAUAAGAGACUGAUGGGAGAGAUAUCUUGAGAGUAGUAUGAGAACAGUCGAACAAGCUUCAGAGUUUUACAAGCGACUGAGGGAGCAUGAGAAGUGGACAGGCUGAGAUUUUCUAAGGUGUUGGGCUGAUUGUCUUCAAGGAAAAUGAGCUGCAUUGCAUGAGGGUUUUAAGAGAAAAUGACAUAUCGCUGUGUGUGCUCAUCAUUCCUCAGUGGAGAGUGUGGUGCACAAAACAUCACACAUCCUCAGACAGCCUGAGAGUGCAGGGAAGGCUGGGAUCAUGGAGUAAAUGAAAUACAGUGGAUAUAACAGAGAUGUAGCAUAUACAGAUAGUGUGACAGAGAGAUGUCUGAGAUUGUGUCUCUGUGCUGUUGUUCUGUGUUCUGUUGCCUGUGCAUUUCCGUGCCAUGUCCUGGAGCAAGAGCCCCAAAAAUGCUUUCUGUCAUGAUGGUCACUGCAUAAAACUUGCAUGAUUUCAGCUUGGGAUAUAUCUGUGUAAAUGGCCUUCAACCUGACCCCUGACCCUCAGCUUAGCAUGCUUCACUCUCACCAGAGUGACUCUCUAAGCCACUAUGCACCCUCAGUGGGAUGGGUAUGGCAAAAUGCCUUUAAGCCUUCAAAGAUAAUGUAGAGAGACACUAAAAUGAAACAUAUAAUUUAAAAUGGAAAAUUUGAUAUAUUUUGCCAAAGUGGCUGAUUUGUUCAUUGAUGAAACAAUUCUGUAUUUAUCUUUAGUCGGCCUUUCCCUGAAGACUUCCCUGAACAAUGGGGAGCUCAUGUCCACAUGAAUGAUACAAAAUUAAAAACUUUAUCAGUGCCUUCCACUAGUGUAGGUCAAUUUCCCCACAACUGCCAAUUUACAAGCAUAAAGUUUUAUAUAAAUCACUCGUUCAACUUCUUUUUUUCAGAAAAUAGGUCAUGUGGACUUAACAGUAGCAUGUUAGUGUAAACACGGUAAAGUCAUUGCAGCAUCUGAUCGUCAGCAAAUAUCUCCCUCUAGUGUUUGAACAUUGUUAUAACCUUUACUGACCCAAAGCUUUUGCAGUGUUUGUGUGCAGUUUGAUUUUUUUGGCUUUUACAAAUUGUCUGAUACUGGCGUGUAGUCAGGUCCCAGUGUGUAACUCUUGGAUGUAGAUUGGGACAGUUUUGCACUCUCUGAGAUGUAGCUUUGCUUGAGUGACAGUAUGAUCGUUAUUUACCAUGCUAUUUAUUUCAUCAAAUACUGUAUUUAUAUUUGUACAUAGUGACUCCACACAUAUCACAUGAUUGAUGAAGGAAUACUUUGAAUUGUUAUGCUGUGAAUAAUCAUUUUAUUGUUUUAGCUUUUUCUUUUUUCCUUUUUUUUGUCUUUCUUGAUUAUAUGUUGAAUUCUAGUUUUGCAUCCCAGGCUCUUGUAUUGCAAGAAAUCUGUUUAACUUUAUUUUAAAAAAAGAUGUCUUUUGAAGAUUUAAAAAAAAAUGUAGCAUUUGAAUAAUCAGAAUCUGUUUUCUGUAUUGCUGAUAUGAUGAACAUAGUUGUCCUGCAUGCACACAACAGCUGCAUGUUGUGCAUGUCUGACUGGACGUUCCCUGUACCUUAUCCUUCUGCUUCUCUAUAUUAAUAUUCUCUCUGUAGCUGUCAGGAGGCUCUGUUAAAAGGCAUAAGACCAAUAUUUUGUCCGUCAGAUCUGGAACGUUUGUCUCUUGGUGUACUUGGUGUCGGUCCUAAUCCUUAGGCUUUGUCACCUGCAAAACGGUCUGUUGUCAUGCAGUAGCAGUGUUGGAAGUUAUGCAGGCCUCAGUGAAAACGGAAAACUUCCCUCAUAAAACAAUAACCUUGUUCCAGAUUUAUUAGGUGAAAUGUUUUCAGGCUUUGCUUUUGGGAAAACUUGUCCUUUGCACAGCGCCUAUAAUUCUGAGCGUCUGUUUUACACACAGGUUAGGGAAGAUUGGAUGCUAUGUUUGUAUUGUAAUAUUAUUUUUAUGUAUUUCUGUGUUUAUUUAUUUGUUUGCAUUUUUCACUUGUAGGUGCAGGGGAAAUAAA